AUGAAGAAACAAGGAAUUUUAUAAAUUGAAAAAUAAAAUAAUGAAUAAUUGAAAUAACCAUAAAAAACGGUCUAAUAAUCUCCUCAAUCCAGAACAUUAAAGUAUAAUUUAGUUAAAUCAAUUAGGAGAACAUAUAAUUGCAUCUUAUAAUGAAGUUAUAAAAUAGGAAUCUUAAAGAAAAUUUUAAUAAAUAUGAGAUAUUAUUUGAAAAGUUUCAUUAGUAAGUACAAACAUGUCAAUAAUAGAAAUGACUAUUUCUAAUUAAUAGGUAAGAUGAAUUUAUGUACAAUUCUAAGAAAAGUGUGGUGAUAUAAUUGAAUAAAUAAAGAUGGUUAUUAAUGAAAUGUAAUUCUAUUUAAAAUACGAAUGAAUAAUAAGAUUAUAUAAUGGAUACAAU